CUCUUGCUAAGAAAGAUGGAAGAAAUAGGAGGCUGUGAGCCUGGACUAGUGGAAUACAGCACGGUCAUUGAUAGACUUUGCAAGGACAAACUAGUAACCGAGGUUUUCAAGCUCUUUUCAGAAAUGAUAGGUAAAGGUUUUUCACUGACUGUCGUCACUUACACAUCCUUAAUUCAAGGUGUAUGUAGUUUAGGUGAGUGGAAAGAAGCUAUGAGAUUGUUGAAUGAAAUAGUUGGUAAGAAUAUCUGGCCAAAUGUUCAAACUUUUACCAUUUUAGUUGAUGCACCUUGUAAAGUAGGAAAGGCCAAAGAAGCACAAGCUGUUGUUCAAUUGAUAAUCCAAAGAGGUGUGGUGCGUGAUGUUGUCACUUAUAGUGCUAUAAUGGAUGGGUAUUGUCUAUGUGGCCAAAUAGAUGAGGCAAGGAAAAUGUUUGAUGUUAUGGUCAGUUGGGGUUGUGCUCCUAAUGUUUUUGCUUAUAAUAUCUUGAUAAAUGGGUACUGUAAGAUCGGAAACAUAGAUGAAGCGAUGAAUCUCUUUAAGGAAAUGUCUCAAAAAGGAUUGCUUCCUGAUACUAUUACCUACACCACUCUUAUUGGUGGCUUGUGCCAAACAAGAAGACCUCAAGAUGCACUUUUGCUUUUUGAUGAGAUGCAAACUCAUGGCCAAAUUCUUAAUCUGUUUACUUACUGUACUUUGCUAGAUGGCCUAUGCAACAACCAAUAUCUUGAUGAGGCAUUGGCAUUGUUUGAAAAGAUUGAAACAGCUGGAUUAGUUCCUAAUAUUGUUGUUUAUAAUAACCUAAUACAUGGUAUGUGCAAAGCUGGGAAGCUCGAUGAUGCAAGAAAACUCUACUUGUAUCUUUCUGCUAAUGGGUUUAAACCUAAUGUCCGUACAUACAAUAUAAUGAUCAGUGGACUUUGCAAUGGAAUGCUACUUGAUGAAGCAAGCGAGUUGCUAAUGAAAAUGAAAGAAGAGGGAUGCUGGCCAGAUUUUUACUCGUAUAAUAUAUUGGUUCAAGGAUUUCUACGAAAUAAUGGAACACAAAAAGCAUUGCAACUGCUUCACAUAAUGGAUGAUAGAGCUGUCUCUGUGGACGCAUGCAAUGUAACCUUGCUAGUUAACCUGUUGUCUGAUGAUGGAUUAGAUAAUUCAUCCAAGGAAAUGCUUCGUGCGUUUUUUGGAAUACUUCAUUUUCCAAGUAACAACCUAGGUUUUCUGGAGCUACUUUGUUUUCUAAGGAUCAUAAUGAGUCAAGGUGUUGCAUUGAUAUAUAUAGAUGACUCAAUCAAUGAGCUUAACAGAGCUGCCAGAAGAUGCUCAAUUAGAGCUCUGGGUGGAAGCAUAAAGCGUCAUUUUUUUUUGCUUCGAAAAACAGGAGAAAACGAAAUACGAAAACACAAACGAGAAAUUUGUGACGAAACACGUCGUUUCAGCGUUGUAGAAAGGAGAGAGAGAGAGAGAGAGAGAGAGAGAGAGAUGAUGAUGAUGGCGAGAAGUGCCGAUGCUGCUGUGGUUUUGAGAAAUGGUGUUUGUGAUCAUCUUCACAAGGGUAUUUUCUCUCAAUUUUCUUGUUUUCUUACAAUCUUACUGAAUCCCUAUUCUCAUCUUCAUAUCAAAGCUUCUGCGGAACACCAAUUUCAAUAUGGGUUUGCUAAUCUUGAUGAUGAUGAUGGUGCCCUAACUCAGUUUCAUCACAUGCUUCGAAUGCGACCUUUGCCAUCAAUUUUGCAAUUUAAUCAACUUUUAACUUCAAUUGCAAGAACGAAGCAUUACUCCACCGUGAUUUCUCUUUUUAGGAAAAUGAAUUUGUUGGAAACUGGUUUCGUGAAACCUGAUAAGUUUACACUUACCAUUGUGAUUAAUUGUUUCUGUAACUUGAAUCGAGUUGAUUUGGGUUUUUCUGUUUUCGGGAAUCUAUUGAAACUUGGUUAUGAACCAGACACCACAACCUUCACUACCCUCAUCAAGGGGUUUUGUCUUAAUGGUAACAUGGCUUCCGCAGUUAAGUUUUUCGAUGAAAUUGUGGAGAAAGGGUUCCAACCCAAUUUCAUUACUUACGGCACUAUAAUAAAUGGACUAUGCAAAAUUGGAAACACCAGUGCUGCUAUUCUCUUGCUAAGAAAGAUGGAAGAAAUAGGAGGUUGUGAGCCUGGACUAGUGGAAUACAGCACGGUCAUUGAUAGACUUUGCAAGGACAAACUAGUAACCGAGGCUUUCAAGCUCUUUUCGGAAAUGAUAGGUAAAGGUUUUUCACCGAAUGUCGUCACUUACACAUCAUUAAUUCAAGGUGUAUGUAGUUUAGGUGAGUGGAAAGAAGCUGUGAGAUUGUUGAAUGAAAUGGUUGGUAAGAAUAUCUGGCCAAAUGUUCAAACUUUUACCAUUUUAGUUGAUGCACUCUGUAAAGUAGGAAAGGCCAAAGAAGCACAAGCUGUUGUUCAAUUGAUUAUCCAAAGAGGUGUGGUGCCCGAUGUUGUCACUUAUAGUGCUAUAAUGGAUGGGUAUUGUCUGUGUGGCCAAGUAGAUGAGGCAAGGAAAAUGUUUGAUGUUAUGGUCAGUAGGGGUUGUGCUCCUAAUGUUUUUGCUUAUAAUAUCUUGAUAAAUGGGUACUGUAAGAUCGAAAACAUAGAUGAAGCCAUGAAUCUCUUUAAGGAAAUGUCUCGAAAAGGAUUGCUUCCUGAUACUAUUAUCUACACCACUCUUAUUGGUGGCUUGUGCCAAACAAGAAGACCUCAAGAUGCACUUUUGCUUCUUGAUGAGAUGCAAACUUAUGGCCAAAUUCCUAAUCUGUUUACUUACUCUACUUUGUUGGAUGGCCUAUGCAACAACCAAUAUCUUGAUGAGGCAUUGGCAUUGUUUGAAAAGAUUGAAACAGUUGGAUUAGUUCCUAAUAUUGUUGUCUAUAAUAACCUAAUACAUGGUAUGUGCAAAGCUAGGAAGCUCGAUGAUGCAAAAAAACUCUACUUGAGUCUUUCUGCUAAAGGUUUGAAACCUGAUGUCCGCACAUACAAUAUAAUGAUCAAUGGACUUUGCAAGCGAAGGCUACUUGAUGAAGCAAGCGAGUUGCUAAUGAAAAUGGAAGAAGAAGGAUGCUCACCGGAUUUUUACUCGUAUAAUAUAUUGGUUCAAGGAUUUCUACGAAAUAAUGGAAUACAGAAAGCAUUGCAACUGCUUCACGUAAUGGAUGAUAGAGCUAUCUCUGUGGAUUCAUGCACUGUAACCUUGCUAGUUAACAUGUUGUCUGAUGACGGAUUAGAUAAUUCGUCAAAGGAAAUGCUUCGUGCAUUUUUUAGAACUACCUCAUUUUCCAAGGAACCACCUAGGUUUUCUGGAGCUACUUCGUUUUCUCAAGCAUCAUAAUGAGUCAAGUCUUUCAGUUGCAGUCGCAGGAAAGCAUACCUUUACAACAAAGCGUGGCUUAUGCAUUUGUUUGCUUUGCUCUCCUCUUAUGUAGUUUUUCUCUUGGAGGAGUGUGAAUAUAACAGUUGGAUCUGUAGAGGAAAGGAUAAUGUUUACUGGAAUUCAUACCGUGUCAGAUAUAUUUUGCUGCUGCUGUGGACAAAUUCUUGGCUGGAAAUACCAAAGAAGUGAGCUGUGAACAAAAUGCUUGACUUGUCGCUAUUGGUAUGUUUCUUUAUCACUUGGACGAUGGUGCAUCAAUCAUAAUCAUUCUUAUUGAAAGUUGCUUCCUACUACACCUGCUAAUAGCCAUAAUCUAUACUGUUAUAUAAAGCACACAGAUCUUUGAAGUUUUGUCUCGAUUUUUCUUAUACCUAAAUUACCUCUUUCAGAACAAACUUAGUAACAGCCAUGCGGUGUCUCUCAUGUGCUACAUGUGUUUUAUGCAUUCUUUAUUUUUUUCCAAUCUUAUUAUUGAUUAGGUUUCUAACUUGCAAACUCAAUAUUUCUUUCCUGGGGAAUUAUUUUUUCCAGAAACGUUGUAAGGCUGCAUACACCUUACCCUCCUUAGUCCCUGCUUUAGUGGGAGUUUUGUGCACUGGGUUGCUUUCUUUAUCCCACUGCUAAUGUGUGUUUUUGUGUGUACUUUUUUUUGUAAACCCGGGACUUGCAAUUAUGUCUCCUAUUGGUAAAAUGCUCCGUCAUGUUUACUGUUCCAUGCUGGUGUUGAAUUUGUGUAGGUCACAGCACAUGACAAUGCCCAGAAAUACAAAUAAGUUGAUAUUUUUGUUCCACCAAACUGGAAUGGAGUAGUAUCUGUUCUAUUUGUUGGGUGGAAAUUGACUCCCUAAUAAUUUUUGGGAUGUUCAUGAUAGCAGAAAGAAACUCUUAGUAACAGAACAUGAUCUUUUUCCAAGUGGAAGGGUUUUGCUUGGGGAAUGGGAAAUAUGGUCUAUUUCCUUCUCUUCCAAAUAGUGCCUCUUGAUUAUGAGCUAAAUUGUCAUCAGUUGCAUUAUUUUUGUUGUGAAUCCCACGGAUAACAUUCUAAUAAUUAUUAAAUUACUCCAAUGUUGUCCUAAUUUAUUAAAUUGUUUUAUUAGUGAUGCUAUCUUGUUUGUUUUGACAAUUUGGAACUAUUCCUGAAUAUUCUUAUACUCUGAACACAUUGUGACUUCUUCCAUUAUUCUAUGACCAUUUUUAACAAGGUGUACCCAUGGUUCUAUUACUCUGGCUUGCAUCUCUUUCUUGUUCACAAAUUCUUAUUAGGGUUGUGUGAAGUUCUCCAUGUAACUCCUGAAAUCUGUUUUAUCCUAAAGUUGAAUAGUUUCCAAAUUUAAAUUUGUGAGCAUUGCUGAUGGUAAUUGCAAGCAAAAGAUGUCUUGGGGUAAGAUCAGUGAAGAUUGGUUGGAUCAAAGUUGUUAACUUUCCAAUUAGCCCAUAUCGAGUUGCCCAUGGUUGAAUUUUUUGGCUAACAUUUGUUCUAGGCAACUAUUGCUCUGAUUGGGCAUAAAUGACUGCAAGAAAAAUUAUUCCUUCUCUUUAGUUAUUUUUAUUAACAUUUUUUUUUUGUUUCUUUUUGCAGAUGCUAUCGUUUUGAGUACGUGAUGAUAUCUUCACAUAUCGAUAUAAGAGCUUACUGUUGAUGCUAAAACAAGCUAUAAUAUAUAUGUUUUUUUAUUUGUACUGUCGAUACUUUUGUUUUGUUUUAGAUAAAAAUUUGAGUUGUUGAAUUAUCAAAAAUUAUUAGUAUUGUUAGAGGAUGUUUUAUA